AUGCCUGCAUCCACGUCGCAAUCAAUCCCUAAUCGUCCUGGUCGACCACGGAAAGAUCCUCCUCUUUCGCUUUCAGAAGAUAUAGACAAACAACGAAAAUCUCGAGGAAGGCCACCAAAAGCUCGGGACGCUUCUACUGAGCCCUCAACGCCGCCCGCAUCUGAAUCCUCAGCAGAACAAGACGUCCAUUCACCUCCAUCAACACCUUCUACUACGAAGGAUAUGCAAAUGGACGUGGAUAAAGAAGAUAUUUUACAAUCAAGCCCACAAACUGCUACGAGAAGAUCCAAUCUACAACGACAGAACACUCGACGGUCGACAAGCCAUUCCAAAGACGACGAUCCUUCAUUCAGACGUAGUAGUCCAAAUAGUGUUAGAAGCGAAAAAAGCGAAACCCCUGAGCAGAUUCAGGAUCACGUUUCACACACGCAAGUAAACGAGGACCAUGGAAAUGAAGAGGCUUCUAAUGAAUCGGAUGAGGAUGAGGCAGAAUCGGAUGAUGAUCAUCGGGGACAGGAAUCUGUUAAAGGGAAGCAACAAAAGGCUGCAACGCCUUCGAAACGGAGGCUCCGAUCCAGUAAACUGAUGCCGAGUGUUGUGGCUCAUCUGGCUGCGGACAGUGUUGGCUUGACAGUCGAUCAAAUCAUGGAUGAAUAUACGGAAGAGCAACAGCUUUUACGUGCCAAUGCCAGCGCAACUGAAGCCUUGGCACGGUUCUUUAGACAAGGGAUAGAGGAUUCUGAGAGUCUGCACGCGGAUAUGGUGGACGCUCAUGAUUAUGAAUUAAUCAGACAUACAUUUGGAGGGAUGUUGAUAGCAAAGGAUGAGAGUAGUGAUGAUGAUGAUAACCUCACAAAAGACUUGAAACGUAAACACCGGAAAGCAAAACAAGAUCUGAUGAGCGUUUCUGCGGAGUAUAAAGAAGCGAAACGAAGUAUGACCAUUCAAAUGAGUGCGCAGUUGGAUAAGGAAGAGGCACAAAUCAAGGCAGGGACGCACCCUGAGCUAUUGGCCGAAUUGAAGGCAAUUGAAGAGAGGCGACAAAUGAGAAUCAGGAUUGGUCAAGCGCAAAGGACUUAUUUGCAACUGAUGUGGGACCUCAAUUUCCAGGCAGUUUGCAAGGCUGCAAACGACCAAUAUCACGUAUGA